AUGCUCCUUCGGAGGCUGGAGCUGUGCGUACGCCUGCUGCAGUUCGCCGUGGAGUUAGUCGUCACCGCGGCGGAGGCCGCCGAAGGAGAGAUCCACCGCGGCGACCGCGCCUUGCCGCGGCCUGCGAGGGGCUCGGAGGACGCCCGGCGGGUCUCUGCGAGCGUCCUCACCCUCAUCCUAUGA